AUGAACGCAAAGAGUCCACUCGAACCCCGUGCGCCUUCUCCUGCCGCGACGAGCCAGCCUAAGGCCGUCGACUCUGAUGCAUCCGCUGCUGUGGCGUUGGCGGAGCAAGCGCCCAAGGCCGGUAUAGCUCCCGCGGUUUGUCGCAACGCGUUUGAAGUCGCCACUGAGAAUCAGGACAAUGCCUUCGCGAGGUCAGUGCGCGCCUGGGCAGUGGCAGGACGACCAGAAUGCGACGUCGCGAUAUUUGCAGACUUGUCACCAGGAGCCCUGCCCGUCCUUGGCCAUUCUUGCGUCCUGCGCACGUCAAGUCAUUUGAAGAUCGUGCUGGAUUGGGCUCUGGAGACUAAAUCGCAGUAUAGUCCUUACCCCUCGUCCCCCAUCACCGCGGUUCUCUGCCCUCUACCUCCUGGCGUGAUCUACGUCGUGAACCUGAACGUCGAUGCAGAGCACCUAAAUAUCCUGGUAAAGUACUUGUACGACUACGAUCAUGUCGCGGCUGUCAACCGCGCGUCGAACAUGGUGAUGCUCUAUUCAGUUGCUGAUCAGAUGGAUCUCCUUCAGCUCUCGUCGAGUGCAUUUGGAUCUAUUGAGACAGAGGCGCGGUGGAUGUCGUCGCAGGCCUUCUUCCACACCUUUGCGCAGCGAGAGGUCCUCCGGCAUCCUCACGUGUGCAGGGUGUACUGCGACAUCUUGUGCGAGCGGUACACCGAGUUGGGCCAUUCCAAGUGGUUUGCGAGCUUCGCUACGUCGUUGUGCAACUCCAACGAUGACGAGGCCAGGGGCGUGUGCUGUUGGCUCAUGUGGCAGCUGUCUACGCAGGGCAUGCCCACUAGCUUGAGGCCACCCAUCUUCCGCAAUGGCCGGGCGGCACCUGACCGGAGGCCCUCGCGUGAUCCCUUUACCCCAUGGUCUUGGGAAUCUCGGUGGUAA